AUGUCGCGUCAAGACCGAAGGCCACAAGUCCCGAUGCCGACCACCUCAUCGAGGACCACUCCCGACAUCUGGACUCCCACCGAAUCCGCCUUCCCCUUCCUCCCAGAAGCAGGAUCAGUGGCCCCACUCGUGGUCGACUGGGGAAUCCUAUCCACCCUCGUCAACCGUCCCUACGAUUGCUUCUCCCUCGUCGCCAAACUCCCGCACAACCAAGUCACGCUCAAGUGUAAGACCGGCGACUUCCGCGCCAUCUCCCACUUUCUGGAAACGUAUCGUGAACUCGCCGUCAGGCAGUCGCUGCUGGAGGACCAAAUCCGCGUCUUCACCGAGUAUCGCGAUGACGCCCUCGAGAAAUGCCGCAAUGCCCUCGAGUACCUCGAUGUCUGCUCCCUCGUCGUCUCAAAACUCCGAGAGGCGCGCCAAGCGGCAGUCGGGACCAAGUACCCGGAAGGAGCCACCUUCCCCACAUCGCUCGUGAAGAGACCCCUGGACACGCUUUCCCUCGACGUCCUCCGCACUAUCACCAUGACCAUGGCCUGUUUCCUCUGUACGACAGAUGACGUCCUGCACAUAUCUCACGACCUCGUUGACUGCGACAAGUACGUCUGCCCUAGCUGCGCCACUCCUCACCCUGGUCACAUCUACUCUGCGUGCCCCGCGCGAUCUCGCCGACAUGCUGACCCGGAGUACAAGGACCUCCUUGGGGUGGUUCGUGCCCUCUCUCCUUCUUCAGAUCACCUGGCACUCCUCUCCUCUGUUGCCGAGAUUUGCGAUGCCGUUGCGGCCGCCACUACCUUCAGACCCGAGGGGAGGACCGGAAACCCUAUCUUCGUCGACGAGACCCCCAUCCCCAGCUGGCCGGAGUAUCAUGUUGUCCGGGGUGGUCGAAUCGACGGGGUCUACAAGGACCCCAAGGAGGCACGUCAUAUGGUGGUGUCACGCCCUGCUGGGCGUAUCUAUUCCGUCCCCAACUACCAAACCGCCCUCGACCAGCUGGAUGGUGUAACCCGUUUCCGCAACUGUGUCCUCGAGGGGGCUCGCUCACCCCACCUGGCUUUACCAGAGCUCAUGACGGAAGCCCGCACGUUUGUGGAGAGCUACUACCGAGGGGUAAAGCGCGCCUUCAAGUUCUACGAAGAUGUCCGAGGAACGCGGGUUCUCCUCCUGCCUACCGCUCACUCCCCUGGUUCCCCUCCUUCCACUCCUGUAGUGCGUCGUCGAGCCUCUCCAACUGGACCUCGAUCCCUUCCACCCUCUCAGCGUGCAUCCCCCGAACAGCGUAGGGCUCGUAGGGAGGCCAUCGCGGACGCCCUCUCAUCAUCCCCCACUGCGCUCACCCCCUCACAAGUGUCGCCGACGACGGCUCUAGCUAGCCCAGGUCCGCUGAACCGAGCUCUCAUUGAGGCGAUGGAGAGAAGCGUCUCGGGGACCCCCGCUCCCCCGUACUCGACCCUACCCUCGACUCCUUGCACCUCCAUCCUCGCCGCUUUCCCUCGUGCCCAGCAGGCCCAGGAUGCCUUUCGCUUUGGGACCAUCGACCUCGACAACAAUGUUGGCGAGACCGACGGCUACAAUGAGCCUGACCCGGAGGCCUGA